GUCAUGCACGGAUGCCUUCGUGUCCCUGAGCUCACCACCUACAUCUUCUCGUUUCUCGGGACAUCCGACAAAGGAACGCUCUCAGGCCUCGCACGGACAUGUAAAGCAUUCGAGGACACAGCUCUGGAUGGGCUCUAUUACGAACUACCAUGCCUAGGCACGUUCUUCACAUGCCUACCCCGGGACUUAUGGGAGAUAAGGGAGAAUAGAUUGACUUUCAAUCGCUCCAUGCUCAUGAAGGAUUGGACCAUACUCAAGAAGCACAUUCAUCGGGUUCGCGAAGUGCAAUGUGAUCGCGUAGUGGUCGACGCGGAGGCCUUGUCCGCCGUGUCUUUCUUCUGUUCCGAGCACCUGUUCCCGAACUUAAAGGCCCUCGUUGUCAACAGCCCCGAGUUUCCAAUGGCUUCUCUGCCUUUACUUUGCUCUCCUCACGUCCUUGAUGCUGAUCUUAACGAGCUUCCUCAUAAGUUAUUUCAUGCUCUCCUGCUGCUUGGUCGAGCGUGCCCCUUCCUCAAGUCGCUGUAUGUCACUCCGCUUCUUGAUGAGGAAUUGCAGGAAGAAACAUGGGCCGAAUUUGCCACAGUACUAUCAGAUGCCGUUACAAGUUUCUCGCAUCUCCAGCGCUUCUAUAUAUUCGUACCUUCCACCCCUGGCAUUCUCUUCGAUACUAUCCUCCCAUUAUCCCAGCUUCCCUCUCUGAAGUCUCUUGUUGUCACUCUUUUAGAGGAACAAGUGGACCCUAUACCAGCGCAUCAAGUUGAGCGCAUACAAUUCCCUGCACUCAGAUUCGUGGAAAUCGCCACGACUGGUCCCGCCCUUGUGUCGUCUUUCAUGCGCAUGCUCUGUUUUGACGGCCUGUCUCGGGUAUCGCUCUUCAAGGCUACUCUACAGGAGUUCCCGGAGAAAGAUGAGCUACCAAAGAUGAUAGAAACUGUGGCCACACGUCUUUGCAAAGAAAGAAUGCGCUCCAUCCGUUUUCAUCAGGAAAUAGAUAUCGACGAACCUGUCAAGCACAGUUCAGGACCUCUCGAUGCUUGCAUGUUCAGUCCACUUUACAAGUUCUCGCAGCUGGAAGAGCUCGCCUUUGAUCUUCUCGGCGGUCCCAGGAUAGACGACGCGUCAUUGGAGGAACUGUCUCUAGCGUUUCCGAAGUUACAGCACCUAUAUCUGAACAUCCUUGUAGGGGCUGGCGAGUUCAAUGGCGUCACCUUGAAAGGGUUAGCCGUGCUCCUUCUCAACUGCCCCUUCCUCGACUCCCUAUCACUCGUCACAAACGUAACACCCGAAGCUAAUGCGGAGUUCGACGCGUCUCCUAUCGACGUUCGUAAUACGCAUAUCAUGAACCUCGAGGUGAUGAACUCCCCGAUCGAAGAUUCUGGCUACGCCGCCCGUCACUUGAUUCGGAUGCUCCCCAACCUACGCGAGGUAGUGUAUGAUAGUCCUUUUGAAGCAAGUGCCACCGACGAUGACAUUUUGGAGCGAUGGUCAGAGGUCGACAGCUUUCUGAGGGAGCAUGCAGCAGCGAAGAACCCGUUUACAACGCUGAAAUAG